AUGGGUAUUGUUCGAGGAGUGAAGACCCAUACGGGUGCUAAAAAGCGUUGGGUUCCUUUUGGAAAGGAAAAGACGUUACUUCGUCAUCAUGCUGGAGGACAACAUUUAGUACGCGCCAUGGGUCGGUCAUUUGUGGACUCUGACUCUCAAGCAGAUUCUGUUGCGAAUUUUCAUCGAAAAACGAGAAAGUUGGUAGAUUACGCGCUUGAUGUGUACAAUGAUCGUUUGCCGGAACAUCAAGAAAAGUUCACGUUCGACAGCUUUGUGGAUGCUCUUGAUGCAGAGUCGGUCGUCGUCAAUAGGGUUUUCGAUGUUUUAGUUCGUGAAGUUUCAGGAGCCGUUCGUCAACGAAAACGAACGCAGUCCAACUUCCCUGCUACGACAGCGCAAGUCGUUCAGAGAAGAUUGGUGCCAAAUAUAUCAACGGUUCACCACCGUGAUCCUAAUGAACCUUUAAUUGAGGAAACCGAGAGGAUUUACUUUACAUAA